GGUCGACUACAUCAAUGCGUGUGCGCUUCGAAACAUUGCCGCCGGCUGUCCGGAUUUCAUCGCGACCCAGGGCCCCAUGCCGAACACGAUUGAAGACUUUUGGCAGAUGGUGUGGGAGCAACGCUCCACCCUCAUUGUCAUGCUCACAUUGACUCAGCAGGGCGGCAAGGAAAAGUGCGCCCAGUACUGGCCUGAGGGCACGGAGGAAAUGCACGUGUCGCAUUUUACCAUCCAGCUCCAGCGCGAGCAGUCCAAGAAGGAUUGGAUUCUGCGCACUCUGAAGCUGUCGAGGCCCCGGACUGGAGAGUUCCGGUACGUGUACCAGUUCCACUUUAUCGCGUGGCCCGACUACGACAUUCCCGACUCGCCGCAAACCUUGUUUGAGUUUCUGCUUGAUGUUGACGACGGCGUUCGCCUGCUCAAGGUGACCACUCCGAUUGUGGUGCAUUGCUCGGCAGGCGUCGGCCGCACUGGCACCUUCAUCAUGAUGCAUGCAGCGCUGUGCGAAGUUCGUCAAAACGUUGGUGCCAACAUUAGCGUGUACAACCUCGUCAAAGCCAUGCGUCGUCGCCGAAUGGCCAUGAUCCAAACACCCGGGCAGUACAUUUUCUGCUACCAGGCUCUUCUCCAUCUCAUUACCAAGCUCGAAACGAAACUCCUGCUGGCGGCAGCGUCCAACAAGCGAGCUGCGGUUCUGCCAGAAGCUGCAGCCGCCUUGCCCGUUGAGCCUGCCGUCGAGGACGAUCCUUUUGUCGCCCCGGUUCUUCCCAAAGCGCAGCCCAAUGCCUCUCGGGACAUCUAUGGGCAGCAGGGCUCUGGUGUACUUGUUCCGAAAGCAAGCAACGAUCCGUUUUCGGUUGGCGCUUCGGAAGCCUUGGUGUCGGCCGACGAUCCUCACCCGUACACUGAUCCGUUCGAUGAUGGAUUUCUUCCGCCUGUUUUGGUGUCGGCCAAUGCCAAUGCCGAUGCCAGUGACAAUGCCAGUGCCAGUGCCAGCGCGAGUGCCGGCGGUAGCACCACUGCGCUGAACACGGCUGGGACCUCUGAAACGAGUGCCAUCGCCGCGGUGGAGGCUCCUUACGCCAAACUCAAGAAGGUUGCUCCGCCCGCCGCCACCACAGUGCCGGAUGCCGACGCCAAGGAAGCUGCUAACGCGAUUGCUGCGCAAGCUGCCGCUGCGGUUGCCGCUGGCCACGCUAGCUUGGCCCCUGCAUUUGUGAUUUCUCCAGUGGUCGCAUCUGGCCCUCCUCUCUACGUCAAGCAUCAUGCAGAGCUGACCAAGCUGGGUAUCAAGCACUCGCUUUUGCGCAAUGGCACGCUGUCCCUGCAGUCAGAUCGCUACGUGACCCUGCUGUCCAAGCGGCAGCCGGAGGCCGCGUCGUUCGACUCGCUAAUUUGCGUGGAUCUUUACAACCCUCAGGAUUCGGCCAAGAACAACAUUGCGGCCGAGCAUGCGCUCUUGCAUCCAUUCACAAAGGUUGUUGCGCUCCGCUUUGGCAUUCGCGUGCACAUUUUUGAUAUGGUGGCCAAGUCCAAGGUGGCGUCGUGCGUCUUCCGCGAUACCGUUCUGUUUUGGGCUUGGGCUACACCCCACUUGAUUGUUAUUAUUACGUCCGACGCUGUCUACCAUUGGCACAUUCAACUCGGUGCGACGAGCGCAGACAGUGUCGUGGGCACAAGCGAGCCGAUCAAGAUUGUCGAGCACAGUCUCAAUAUUGCUGAAGUGGCUGGCUACUGCUGCUCUGCAUCCGAAACCGAAGCCAGCGUCCAGGAAGACGCUGUUACGGGUGGCGAAUGGCACGCGUUCAGCGCCCGCAACCCUGCUGGCAAGCACACAACGUUGCUCUUCUCGCCUUCACGCAAAAUCCAAACAUUUGUCGACGCAAGCGCAGUCUCAUUCAUCACCAUGUCUGAUCCGACUGUUUCUGGUCUCUUUUUGAUUUGUGUCACGCCGGACGAGAGCAAUCCCGCACUCGAGCGCUUGCGCUUGUUGGAGACAUGCGAUGAUGUCGACACCAACCCCUUGUUCCGCGUGAAUCUUCCGAUUCCAACGUUGGCUCUGGAGCCGGCGUCUCAAAGCGCCACGCCCGCCGAUGGCGCUCCAGAGGCAGCCGCAGCCGACUCCAAUGAGACUUUGCAGCAGAGUACCGACACGCACAAACCUGCCGUGGAGCCAGACCGCGUUCUUGCAGUGGCGACAGGUGAAAGGCGCUCGGGAACGUGCAUCAUUACCCUGUCUCGCCGCGGUGUGGCGAACGUCUUUGAUGUCCGAGGCGGUGGUCGACAUGUUCAUGGAGCGCGAAUUGUCGAGGAUGGCAUCAUUCUUGCGACUCACCGCACCAAGAAUGUCGAGUUUGCCGUUGCAUGCAUCACAGGCACUGGUCUGGUGCUUUCGCUUGGUGUCGAUCCGUUGGCCUUGCGUCAAAUUUCGAGCACUGCGCCGGCGUCGAUUGUGCAGUCUCGUCCUCCCACUCGUGCGGCUGCGGCGGCUGUCAGCAACUCUUCUGACAAUGUGGCUGCUGCUGCUGCUGCUGCUGCUGCUGCUGCUGCUGCUGCUGCUGCUGCUGCUGCUGCUCCUUCCGUCGUUGCCGAGACCGCCGUCGUCUCUACCCCUGCCGCCGCUGCCGCUGCCGCUCCCGCACCCGCAGCAGUCUCGUCCGCACCCACUGUUGCACCCGCUGGCGCAACAGUUGCUAUGAGUGCUGAAUUCGAAGGAGAUUACCUGUUUGUUGACGUUGCCAAGCCGACUCCCACACAACAGCUCCCCGAUGCCGACGAGUACAUUGAAGCGGAUGUGAUUGACCUGAUUGCGAAAAGCUCAACCGCUGAACGCAAGCCACCACCGACGUCUCUCCCGCCGCCCGUUGCGGUGAUCCCACGACCGCACAGCGAUGCAGAGUCCGAUGAACCGGCCACCCCGCUUCCGCACCCAACGAACAUGCCUGUUGUACGACCCGGCGUGGCAGAGGAGGUCGCUGAGACGGUUGCGGCGGCGUCUGUUGCGGCUGCUCCCGUCCAAUCCACCUCGGAAAAUUUGGAAGAGGUUGCUCAAGAGGCUACACAGUCCGAAUCGGCAUCUUCGUCCACUCUGGAGCUGAAUCGUGAUCAAGACGCCCCACCCGCUGUUGUUGAGCCUGUGGUGGUCGCAGCCCCUGCUGCAUCUGUGGCUGUUGCCCCUGCCCCUGCUCCUGCCCCUGUCCCUGCCUUGGCUGCCAAACCUGCUAUCGCACCGAUGGAUGAACUUGAUACCCACGUCGAAAUCCUCCCUGAAAGCGACGCUGCGGCCCUUGCGGUUUUCCUGGACCACAUCAAGUUUGACCGAUUCAGAGAGGCAGCCGCGCUCGCCGCUACCCCAUCCGGUGCAUUUUUGCGAACCAAUCCAACGGCGUCGGCUGCUCUUACCGCUUGUGUCCUGGUUUCGCUUUCCGCGUUCCAGUACUUUGUUGCCCUCGUGGACCUUGUCAAGCGUCUUGAUGGACCCGAGACUUUGUUGCUGGCCCGGGCACUCUUGUUGCGCAAGCGUCUGUUCAUUCUUGAGCGCCUGCUUCGCGAGAACAUGCUCACUCCCACUCUGCAGCUCGGAGAGAUGCUUCGGCAGGAAGCCACGCAGACUGUCCCGCUGCUCGGCGAGGAGAGCGUGUUUGCCGUCCGUCUUGCAACCACCUGCUAUGAACAGUUGCACGCGCAUGACAAGGUGCUGGAGCUCAAGAUUCUCUUUGGUGACUACCAGGGGGCGCUCCAGCAUAUGGAGAAUAUCAACUCGUUCUGCACAUCGCUUCCUGUGCUGGCAUCCUUUGUGACUUGGUCAACUCCUGCCCUCGCGAUGGAAUUGGCAACCAAGCGCAUGGCGCAGCUGCAGCCUGGCCAUGCUUUGCGCACUGUGCAGGGCGUCAAUACUGUCAUUGAUAUUUUCCUUCACUGCCGUCAACCGCCUCUUCUGACCGAAGCUAUCAAGGUGAUGCACCACGCCUUGAAUGCUGCAGGCGACCUCCGAGACGAUGGUCCACUGCAAACUCGGUUUUUCCAGCUCAUGCUGACCCCGACCGCUCUCUUCCCGCCGUCCGUCGAGCUUGCUGAGCACACCUUGACCAACGAAACCUUCAAGCACUUUGACCGACUUGUAGUGGCCAAACUCUGCGACGCUGCCGGCCUCGCUGAACGGGCGCUCACGUUGGUGAUUAGCGCUGGAUUACCCGAGCCAGAAAUGCAGCAUGUCUUUGUGAGCUGUCUGACCCGUCACGUGCAAUCCCUGUCGCUCCGCAAUAUCAUGACUCUGCUGACAAAAGUCGUCGCGGACGUGCGACUGGCUGCGUUCCGCGGCCUGCUCGCCGCGCUGGCACAGUCCAGCACGCCUUGGUUUGCUUCCUCCACGUCCUUGUCGCUGUCAGAUGCUGCGUAUGCCGCACUGCGACCUCUGACGGCGCCCUCUGUCUCUGCUGGUUCAUCUCAGUCCGGGACGUUGUACGCUGCCCAGUCGCAAAACAACACCGCCAAGCUCUUGUCGGUGGUGUUGAAGCUGGCAUCGCAUCUGCAUGAGACGGAUGGAUUUUCCACCGUUUCCAUUGUCCGCAUGAUGCAGUUCUACGCCUGCGACACGGCAUUGUUUGAGUUUGCACUCAAGUACAGCAAGCCGUCAGGGUCCUUCCUCGUGCUCGAGGUUGCCGCCGAGAUGGGCUUGCGACUUGGCCGUCUUCAGGAGGUCUACCAGUUGCUGCAGCCAUUUGUUGAUCGCUGCGCUGUCCGCUCUGUCACGAUUGCGUACAUGCGGAUUUGCCUGCAGUUGCGAGAUUACCGCGAGGUGCUCCGCUUCUGCCGCGAGUGCAACACACUCGACCCUGUUGUGGCCAAGCGGGUUCUCAUGUCGCACAUUCCGCUCGUCAUCAAUCCGUUUGACGUGCCGACGGUGAAUACGACCGAGCAGCGCAACGAUGGCGCGUUGCGGAACGCCACCAUGUCACCCGUCGUGCUGGCCUUGUUCAACCUGGCAGAGCAGCACCAAAUGAUGCCCGACGUCAUUUCAUUCUUGAACAGCGAAGGCAUGCUCGAACUGCUGUUCCACUAUGUUUCCACGAUUGCUACAGCCACCGCGACAGCCCUCUGGGUGGAGACUGCCUCCCGCACGCUGCUCGCUAUUGGCUCGUCACCACGCGUGAUUGAGCACUUACUGGACCUCUGUUCUGCAAAGCUGCCGCAAGUCGCUGUGACGCGCGCUCGAGAACGUUUGCGUGGCUACGAGACGGAGCAAGCAGAAUGGAAGCGAUGGCUCGAAGCCCGCCAGAUGGAAGACAGUGCCAUCCUUGCUCGCCUGAUGCAAGAGUUUUCGGUUGCACAGGUGCUAGCCUUCCUCGUCGCGCGUAGCUCUGUUCAGUUGUGGACCAUGGCCAUCACCCACAAGGCCAAAGAGCUCGUCAUGUACAUUUCCAGCCAUGGCGGCUUUGCUACCUUCCAGAGCAGCGGUCAGCUGCAGCCUGCAGUCUCUGCAUUUUUGCAGGCCGGUCGAGAGCUCGAGCUUCUCAACAUUCUUGAUGCCAUGCUGACAAAGCACCAUGCCUUCCAACGUCAUGGAAAACUGGAAAACCUCCUCCUGACGUUUGCGAUGAAGCUCGACACAAAGCGCUUCCAUCUUCUCUUGCUGCGUCUGGAUCAGUAUGAGGCGAGUGUUCUGGCCGAGGUUGCUGUUCAGCUUGGACGCUUGGAGGAGGCAUCGCUCGUGUACCGCCGUCAGGGCCACCAUGUUCUCGUUGUGAAAAUGCUUCUUCGGAUUGUUCCUGAUGGCGUGCGUCGGGCCAUGUCCUACGCUCACGAGAUUCAAGACCCGGCGCUGUGGAGCUUGAUUUCCGCGGCCAUUGCGGCCAACCCUGCCUCUUCGGCUGCACACCAGCAAGCGCCCGGUCCGCUUCCUGGUCUUGCCAACACACCCAUGCAUUCUGCAGCAGGACACGCGGGACUUGCGCAUCCUGCUGCCGGUGCCGUCCUCAGCAACGGACCUCCAGGAAUGACUGGCCAUGCUCCAAACAUGGCGCAAGGCCACCAGCCACCCCUUCCUGGCUCGCCCGGUCACGUUUCAAGCAUGGCGCAAGGACACCAGCCGCCGCUUCCCGCCACUCCUGGGCAUGCCGCUCCUGGCAUGCACCACCAGCCUGGUCCCCCAAUCACUGGCUAUUCCGGUCCGAUCUACACGUCCAGAAUACCAGUCGCCACUGGGCCUCCGCCGCCCGUCCCCACUUCUCGGCGGCCUUCAAUGCUGCUAUCAAACACUGCGCAGCGAGAGUAAAACCUCGCUCUUUGCUCGCAAGUGUGAAAAGAGUUCAGAGUUUGUUGUUGGUGUUAUUGUUGUUGUUGUAGUUUGUUGUUGUGGCUUGUUGUUGUUGUGUUUGUUGUUCUAUUGCGCAAAAUUUGCAAAGGAGAUGCUGACCA